AUGGUUCCUCCACCCCCCGCCGCCUCGAUACUUGACGUAUUGGGGAAUACUCCCGUGGUGAAGCUUCAGCACGUUGUCCCUGAGGGCUGCGCAGAUGUGUAUGUGAAGCUAGAGUAUUUCAGUGCAACAGGCUCUUACAAAGAUCGUAUGGCGAAAUCAAUGAUUGAGGAAGCUGAGAGAUCCGGGCGACUGGCGCCUCACAUGACGGUUGUUGAGGCCACAGGCGGCAGCACAGGCUCGUCACUGGCAUUCGUUUGUGCUGUGAAAGGUUACCCAUUUGUGGCACACUCUUCUAAUGCCUAUGCCAACGAGAAGCUGCUUACUAUGGCGGCGUUUGGAGCCACGGUUGAUAUAACUCAUAGCCCUACCGGUAAAGCCACUGCGGAUCUGAUGACGCAUAUGAAAAGCAAAGCCGUGGAGCUCAGCAAAGGAGAUGGCUAUUUCUAUACAGAUCAGUUCAGCAAUAGUGACGCGCUUGUUGGGUAUAGACAGAUCGGCCAUGAGCUGACCGCUCAGUUUCCAAACGGAUUUGAUGCAUUCUGCGGAUCCUUUGGCACUGGGGGUAUGGUUAUGGCCGUUUCCAGUGUCCUGAAACCGAUCAUGCCAGAUAUCCGAGUCGUUCUCGUCGAGCCUGAAGGCGCAGCCCUACUGUCGAAAGGACAGAAAGGCGCCCACGGCGUGGACGGUAUCUCACCAGGCUUCAUCUCUCAACACGUCGAUAAAGCAUUAUACGAUGAUACGCAGGCCUUAAAGGAGGAAGAAGGACGAGAGAUGUGCAGGAAACUUGCCAAAUAUGAAGGACUUUUCGUUGGGACAUCAUCCGGCUUAAACAUCGCAGCUGCAAUUCACCUCGCCAGAGAACUUGGCCCAGGAAAAAAGAUUGUUACAGUUGCUUGCGACACAGGAUUGAAAUAUCUUACUGGAUCACUGUUCUCAGAGUGA